AUGGCCGCCGCACUCUUCCCCCAGCUCGCCGCGACCCUGCCGUCUCUCCGCCCUUCGCCCUCGGCCUCUCUACUCCCGCCCCGGGGCGCCCGCAUCGCCCUCCGUCGGUCCUGCAGGCAUCCUUACCCUUUGGCAAGAAAUUCCGGGUGGUUUCAGAAUGCAACAAGGUUGAGGACAGAAGACCCAAAGAAGACUCUGUUUGCAUCAGAUUCAGAUUCUCCUAGCACCGAGGUUUCAAAACAGAGCAGCACUGGUGACGCCAGCGCUUCUCCGGAUGGCCCGCCAGUCCUCACCAUUUUGGCUGGUAUCGUUGUGUUCUUCCUGCUCUUGUGGGUAAUCGGAUCAAUCUUCACCUGGACCGUCGGUCUGGUCUUCGGGGCUGCGAAAUCUUAG